GGUAGCGUUCAAAAUAUUAUGGGAUAGCAAGGAAGUUGUUUAUGUCAAUCGUAAUGUCUGUUUGGAUUAUGUCGAAUAGUAAAAUAUGUGCUUUGAGACUUACUGUCUUGAAAUAUAUCACAGUCUUACCAAAAAAAUCAAGAGAAUAGUUUGAAUCGUGUGACUCAAUAACACACGUGACCUCCUACUGAAACUUGAAAAACCAUGUCUGAUGAUGAAGAUAUUCUGUACAUAAAAAAGCAAAAGACAAUUCACUAUGGCUCUCUUGAGGAACAAGAGCGGAAUAGGCUGAAUGCUGCUGCCGCUGCUUCUGCAGCUGCUACAACUACUGGUGCACCUACAUCAUCUGUGGACAGUGAUGGGGACAGUCCACCAACUGCAAUGGUAUCUUCACCGCCUGAGGCAGGGAAUGUCAACAUAUCAGAUGAAUAUAUGGAACUCGAGGAAGAAAUGAAUCGUGAUCGUCAGGCAUUAUUAGAAGAAUUUGAAAGACGUAAAAGAGCACGUCAGAUUAAUGUAUCAACUGAUGAUGAAGAGGUGAAACGUAAUCUAAGACAACUUGGAGAACCAAUAUGCUUAUUUGGGGAAGGUCCAGCAGACAGGCGUAGUCGCCUGAGGGAUCUGCUAGCAAGACUGGGUGAAGAUGCAAUUAAGAAAAAGCAGGAAGAGGAGGAGGAAAGGAUGCAACAAGCGAAAGAUCAAGAAACUACUUGGUAUCAUGAAGGACCAGAAUCACUCAAAAUAUCAAGACUGUGGAUAGCUCAAUAUUCCCUGGCAAGAUCUAAAGUACGGCUUGAGAAGGCGAGGGAAGAGAGAAAUCUGCCUGAAGCAACACGUACAGCUCGAAGACAAGAGCUGCAAAAGAAACUUCAGGCAGUGUCCAUCUAUUGCAGUCAGAUAGGUGAUACUCGCCCUAUUUCGUAUUGCCAGUUCAGUCCUGAUUCAACAAUGCUUGCUACUGCCUCAUGGAGUGGACUGUGCAAACUUUGGUCAGUACCUAAUUGUGAGCUGAUACGAACACUUCGUGGACAUAAUUGUAAUGUUGGUGCAAUAGUUUUUCAUCCCCAUGCAAUGUCUGAAAAUGAUGACAAAGUUUGUGCCCUAGCUUCAUGUGCUGCAGAUGGGUCUGUGAAACUGUGGAAUCUCGAUAGUGAAGAGCCACUAGCAGAUGUUGAAGGCCAUGAACCUCACCGUGUUUCCAGAUUAGCAUUCCAUCCAUCAGGUCGAUUUUUAGGUACUUGUUGCUUUGAUUCUUCAUGGAGACUCUGGGACCUGGAGCAAUGCCAGGAAGUUCUUCAUCAGGAAGGCCACUGCAAGCCAGUUUACUGUAUUUCUUUUCAAAAUGAUGGUGCUGUUGUGGGUACUGGUGGACUUGAUGCAUUUGGUCGAAUUUGGGAUCUACGCACUGGGAGGUGUAUAAUGUUUAUGGAGGGCCAUCUGAAGUCAAUUUAUGGAAUUGACUUUUCUCCAAAUGGCUACCACAUAGCCACUGGAAGUGAAGAUAAUACUUGUAAAAUAUGGGAUUUGCGCCGGCGUCACUGUCUUUAUACGAUUCCAGCACAUAUGAAUCUUAUUUCAGAAGUUAAAUACCAAAAGGGCAGUGGCAAUUUUUUGAUCACUUCUUCAUAUGACAAUUCAUCGAAGGUGUGGUCUAACAAGACAUGGCAACCACUGCGGACAUUGUCUGGACAUGAUGGAAAGGUCAUGUGUGUGGACAUUUCACCUGAUUCACAGUAUAUAGCAACAAGUUCUUAUGACAGAACAUUCAAGCUCUGGGCUCCUGAGUAGUUCAUUUUUGUGUACAGUUAUAUGUAACAAUUUUUUGAAAUAAGUGUACUGUGCCAGAACGUAUGUGUAUUAUGAAUGUUAAAAACCAAGCUAUACAAACUUGUGUGUUUGGGUUCUGUCUGUACAAAUGGUAAAAUGAAAUAUUUUUUGACCUGCCAGCUUGCUGGCACUUUAAAGUAGCCAAGCUCUGUUUGUUUCACUCAAAUAGAUAAGAACUGGAAUUUAAUGUUGUUUUGGAAAGUUUGUGGCUUGUGGAAAUUCACACAGAUUUGAUAAGAUUCGUAGUGAUGAUGUUGCUUCAUUUUUAAUGGCUGAAUUUAAUAAUGAGGACACUUCUUUUCAGUAUGGUCCAUAUGAAUAACACUCCAUAGUGGUAAUUUCAUACAAAAUCAUUGAGAUACUGCACCAUGUGUUGUUAGAAAUGAGUAGAAGCUGGUACAUCUACAUAAAAAUGUGAAGUUGAUUUAGACAGCUGGAAAGAUUAUGGCCGAUGUUCUUUUGGAUGCAAACAAGAUUGCUCGUAUUGCCUACCUUGCAGAGGAUAUAUUGCAACAACUAGGGAAUAGCACUUUAUGAAAAGUUACCAUCCCAUUCAUCACAUUUGGGACUCUCUGAUUUCCACCUAAUGACUUCCAUCUAAUGAAAUUUUUAUCUGAAAAAAAAAAAAAAAAAAAUUGCGUCGAGUGAAGAGAUUAUGACAACUGUAGUAUUUUUACAUCAUUCAGAAUUAUACCUCGGAUAUGGAAUCUAGUCAUUGGAAAAAAUGUUACACAAACUGCCUUGAACUAAAUGGGGUAUUCCACAGCCAGGCUGAUAACUUUUUUUCUUGUCCUCGUACUUCUACGCAUUUGAGCUACGUGUAAAAACAACAUUAUGGAUUUGUGUAUGAGACAUGGUGGCUUAGUUUACCAAGUACAUUAAUACACUGUGACCUAGUAGUUAUUUGCAGAUGCUGUUUACAGAACUUUGUUUUACUGAAGGGAUAACUUUUAACUUUUUUGUUUGUAUAGCCUUCCAACAACAACCUAUUGUAUAGGUUGAAUAUUAAAAUUGUUUUAUCCAGACACAA